GCUAGGUACCUUGGCACUUGUUGGGUGCUUGUUAGGUGCCUGGUGAGCCGCGCCCCAUACACACUCCGUCCCAAUGCGCCAUUCUCGGUGUCUUGAGUAGUUGUCGAUGGUGGUCGCAGCCCAUACUCCAUGAUAUGAGAUAGCAGGUGAAGAAUGGCUGUGCCAACUCCCUUGAGGAUUGACACCAGCAGCGACCCUCCUGUUCCGCCCAUCGCCGCAUUGUUCCUCGUCAACUUUGACAAUCGCAAAGGAUACACGCUAGGAUGGCAUAGAUCAAUCGAAGGCGGUCCGCGUGCACCUGGCCAUCUCUCCCGUUCGAUGCUGACCCUAAGCCCAAGUCCAGAUCGAAGGCGUCGUCGAGUUCAAGUCGCUGCCCUCCGGGCUCCACAAUGUCGAGGAGGAUUUGAUAUAUUUCAUUCAUGAAGACUAUGCAGGUCUCAGCGCCUUUGUCAACAAACCCGAUGAACAGUCGGAACGAGCAGCUCGAAUGCUAGCUGUGGGCGUCCUCGUGCCAUUGGAGCAUGGUCGCAUAGGGCGAAGCUGGCGUCAUGCCGUGGUUCUUGAAGAGCUUGCUAGGGCGCAGAUAGAUGAUUUGAAGAACACCACUGCAUUGGAAGAGUACUGGGACAAGCACAAGCUCACGCCUAGCGACAAAGAAGCUCAACCGUCGGCCGAGGUCAACGGCCGACAGACCAAUGGCUACCGAAAGUCAAGGUCCAUGAGCACGGCGACGACAUUCAUACCUCCACACCACAGCUUGAUGCCGCAUCAUCCUGCCAUCACAUUGCUGGACGCGCUCAAGGAUUUUGGUCCGCUCAUAUUUCCACUUUACCGAGCCUCUUUGCUGCGGAAGCGUAUAUUAAUAGUCACAGAUACUCCUGUCGAAUCCAGCUGUAACUUUGUAUAUAACAUGUCUAUUAUCUCGUCUAUCUCGAGGUCACUCUCAUCUCGACUACCUGACUCAGAGACGCCGGCAGCCUGGCUUCAGCCUCUUUUCACAGUUGGAGUGCUGGACAUUCCACAGCUGGAACAAACUAAGAGCUGGAUCGCCUGCACGACAGACGAUGUGCUAAGCACCAAGCCUCAACUAUACGACGUCUUGGUUCUGAUGCCACGGUCUGAGACCAAAAACGCCUCAAAAAAGGCGUUUCCCCGCAUAGUACACUCAACACCAGAGCUGAGCAAGUCAUUUCCCAGAACAUGCAUCCGAGCCAGCCAACGAGAUUACCAUCGUUUCGUGCAUCUACGGCAAGGCCUCCGUCGGUAUCCGCCCUGUCAAGUUGCCAUCAACGGUGUCGAUGAAAGGUACAACGAUGACACUUGGUCGACCUCCUCGUCUUCAUCGGCGUACGCUGAGGACAGGGCGGUCGUGGAGCCGCCGUCCUGGCCACGAGCAGCUUACACUUCCCUUGUCUGGUGGGCAUCAGCUGGAGACAGACGGUUUGGGUUGACGGAUUCAGAGGAAGCGGAGAGUGAGCAAGAUAACUCGUUAGUCCCGGAUGAAGAAGACGACCAGACUCGUGAAGUUGCUCUCGUUGCAUUCUUCCACCGUAUCACGGAGGCCAUUUUCGGGACGAUCACUGCCGCCAUCGCGCGGGUUGAUGGACAGGAUCCGGAGGAAGCAUAUCAUGAUGAUGAAGAUCGUGAUGAGAGCCAAGUCGACCAAAACUCGGUGGAGCAGACGGCCCCUGCCGAAGAGGAAGAGACACGAGGUCUAUUAUCGAAGCAAGGCGAGCAGGCUGAAGUGGAGGUCACGCAGGAAGAUAUGGCAGCGAUGGGCUUGGACAGCUGGAGUGCAUCGGACAAAAAGUUCGUUGAAGAAUUUGUGUACCUCUGGUUGGGACGAAAAGCGGUUGUUCACUCGGCAGUGAUUGAAUGCUGCGGGCUGAGGAUAUUGUGAAAGACUGAACGUUCCAAUACCUCAGGUGCAUUGAAGUUGUUAUCAUUGUCUCAAGGACAGUUCCCAUCCCAAGACACUUUCACAGACCUUUUGGUUCUUGUGAGAUUAUCAGUGAAAGCAUUCAAUACCUUGCAGGAUUCUCACCGCAAGAGCGAUUCCCCACGAGCUUGUUGUUGUAUGGCGUUGAAAUGGAACGAUUCAUAGUUUCUGCUCGCAAGACGGUGAAGGGCUUAUUCGUGCUUA